AAGUAGCCGAUGAAUUUCUUUCGGAUCGGCGUACCGCUAUGAUUACGACAGCGAGCGACAAAACUCUCGGUAAGCCAUUUGGUUAUGGGUAUGAUUACUCGCCAGAUUCUUCCUAGUAUCAUUCAUCCCCUUCACCCUCAACGGUAUUUUAAGCACCAUUUGUCCUGCCCAAGAAUAGAACCACUUUUCAGACCCGCGACAGCGCAAGCCCUUGCGGGUGUCCUCGUCCCGGGGCGAAUAGAGAUGAACAUACUUCUUGCAACUGCCCUACCGACUCGGCCUUGCUUUUACUAUCAUCUCUGGUGUUCUUCACUGGCUCAUUUCGCAGAGUUUCCGUGGUGGCUUCUUAUGCGCCUUGGGGCUGGCUUGAUGGCAGGGUGUACGUUGCCACGUGCGGAUACUCUUCUUGGUGAUGCUCAUGGUCAUCCUGACUGGAAUCCUCAUUUUCGCCAGCAUCGCCACUUUCAGGUUUUUGAACUACACAACCAUCAUGCCGCUCAUUGGAAGUUGCAGCGCAGCUAUUUCAGCAGCGUGCCAUGAUCCAGGCGAGGAUUGCGAGGUGUCGAUUAAGCCGGUGAAGUGGGGUUGUGCCUAACAAUGACGAGGACGGCGUGGGUCAUUUUUGCUUCACGAGCGGCCAUGUCGAGCGGCCAGUAGCUGGUCAAUUAUAUGCUGGUUUAAAAAGACCCAUGUAUGUAAGAAUUUAGAG